GUCUUCGCUUUGCGCAUGCGCAUCACGUAAAGUUUUUAUGCAUCGGCUUUCCAUGUGUUUUGUUGGAGAAUCUGCUCUUACAGUCCAAAUUGUUGAAACAUAAGGCAUCGUAUUCCUAAUUAUGGGAGGGCAGGCAAAGGCUAAAAAGAAAAACAAAGCAAAGAAGAAAGAAAAUCAACCAAGCAAUGAUACCGGCAUAGUGGGCUUGACACCUCAGGAGAGGAUGAAAGUGAGAAUGCAUGAAAAGGCAAAGAAGAAAACAGCUGCCAAGUACUCUGUUGACCAAUUACUAGAAAAGACUGAAGAAUGCAUGGACAGUUUUGACUUUGAGAUGGCUGGACUCUACUGUCAGCGUGCCCUGGAUGUGGAGUCCACAAACCUCCAAGUUCUUGACAUGCUGGGACACAUCUCCUUAGAGCUUGGAAACACCGAGAAAGCUAAAGAAGUUUUUCUGCGGGCUGUGGAGCUCAGCCCAGAUGUAGGUCACAGUAAGUAUAUGUACCUGGGACAGCUCCACACAGGUCAGGAAGCUGUUGGCUACUACUCCAAAGGAACACAAAUCUUGCUCUCCGCAUUGGACGAACAAGCACAGACCACAGCCCAGGCGGAAGCUGCCACGUCCGUCGAUGAGGAUUCUGACCUCCCGACGAUGAAGGAUGUUAGCACGGCCUACUGCUCCAUCGCUGAACUUUAUCUAACCGAUCUCUGCAUGGAGGAGGGAGCCGCUGAUAAGUGCAGAGAGUUCAUUGAGAAAGCGUUGCAGUAUCACUCUAGCAACCCUGAAGCCCUCCAGCUCAUGGCCAGCUACUUGUUCAGCACGGAGAAAAAUCAGGAAGGCAAAGAAUACUUGUUGAAGAGUGUCAAAUUGUGGCUGCCUGCCCAGAAACAGACGGAAGCAUCCUCCAGCCUAGAAGAUGAAGCGCAGCAGAUCCCGCCGUAUGAAUCCCGCAUCACCACAGCCAAGCUUCUAGUCGAAGGCGAGGAGUACGAGUUGGCUGUAGAAGUACUCGAGGGGCUCCUGGAAGAGGACGACGAAGUCGUUCAGGUGUGGUAUCUCUCCGGCUGGGUUUGCUACCUGCAGUUAGAGAGAGCCAAAGAGCAGCAAGAAAAAGACGGGAGACAACUCACCGACGUGGAGGAAGAAGAGAGGUCAGCGCUCAAGGAGACGGCCCGAAUGCAUUUGACUAAUGCUAAGAAGCUGCACAGCAAGCUCGGCUGUGACGACCAACCCAUGUUGGAGCACGUGGAGCAGCUGCUGGGUGAGCUGGGAGGAGAGUUGGAGGGCGAAGAAGCUCAAGUCGGGGUCGAUGACGACUAUGAGCCAGCUAGUGACGAGGAGGAAGAUAAGGAGGAUACACCUAUGGAAUACUGACGACGCCCCCCUUUUUUGCACCAGCCUCGGGGGGAUGCGGCGUUGCUGACCUGCUUGAAUUAAAGAGACGGCUUGGAAGAGCACAAACAAAAAUAGAGGUUGAACGCCUUUUUUUUUUUUUUUUAACGUCCCAAUUUAGGUCGAUGAGUCGCCUCAGUAACCAGCGGGGCUUCUUUUUUUUUUUUUAUGUAUACACAAUCACGUCGGUGUUGCCAAUCGUUAUCCUGCGGCAAGCUCUCGGUGGCUUCCGAGUUAUUUGACUGAGUGCCAGCCUUAGUUUUUAUACCUCAUUAAUUCACAGGAGAGAUUGAGAGAGAAAACCAUUCGCUCUCCCCUUCAUAAAUCAACUCGUGGACACGCACACACACGUAAACACACGUAAACACACGCUUCGACACGCCAGCAGGCAAAUCUCAAGGCUUCGGAAAUGAUUUAAUCAGUCAAUGACAGAAAAUGCUGUGAUUAAUUUCCACGUGGCUCCAGAGUGUUGCUCUCUUGUGUGCUCUUUGUUAUAAAGCAGAACUCCUUCACCGUGGAUGACACUUAUUAACAAGCUCAAGUCAUAUCUUCGUGUUUACCUCGUUUUUCCGGAGGGGAGGGCGAGGGAAAAAAAUAGAGGUCAAUCCUGCUCGCGGUGGUAGCUCUUGGAAGAUGGAGCCAAAAACAACCCCAAAAAAAAAUAAAAAAAUCUGGGAAUUAAACUAGAGGAUAAAGAUGAGAUGAGGAGGUUUGAUGUUGUAACAGCUGCUAAUUAUUGCCGCUCCAAAUUUCACACAGUCCGUUUGAUCUCCUGUCUCGGCGAAAAAGAUAAAGAUUCCGUCUUGCUCUUCCUAAAUUUGCACAUCCAAUUGGAUACUCUGGGUCACAAAAUAGACAUAUUGUAAAAAAAAAAAAAAAAGACUAUUUAAUAGUUUGCAAACAAUUGUCUGCUCUCUGGAGUGCCCACCCAUCAAGUGUGAAAUUAACAAAUAAACCUUAGCGGCGCUUUUCUGCAUCUGUGAGACGAGGUGUUCUGAAUUUGCUGGAUUGUGACACAAUUUGGCUAAUUUACUGUCCAUUUCGAUUGCCCCCCCCCCAGCACGGCAUUCAAGCGCCAACGUUUUGCCGGCACUUUAGCUCCUCCAUUGUUCAAGCGAUGGCUGGCAAUUACGUUUUUAUGAGUACGCGCUAUAUAGCGAGGUAUUAGCUAGUAAAUUAGCUAGCGUGGCUUCGGGCCAGAAGCGUUCAUUUGCAAUCUGGAUGUGGAGGUCUUCAGAAACAUAUUAUUAUUUGAAUAAGAAGCAAAAAUAAAUAACAGAGGUAAAGAUAAUAAAACACUUGAAGGUUACAUCGCAGAUGCGCCUCACGCGUUUCACUUUUUAAUAUUCUCAGUUGUCACAUGAAUAAAUAAAACACGUAGCCUCAAGUUGCUUCUGAGGUUUGAAAAUGUUUUUCAUAAAAUGUUUGCAUCUGAAGUUCUGAACUGUACAACCUCCUGGGAAUUUAAUUGCGGGACGGCUGCAAAGUAGAGAAUUCAGCUGAUUAAUAGAUUUGCAUGUAUAAGGUAUCAAAAGAUGGCCGACUUUGUUUGUUUCUUUCAGAAUUUUGUGUGUCCAUGGUGAAACUGUUCAGCUCACCUUGAUUCCAUUUUUCUUUUUAAAAGAAAUGUUCAAAUAGCUCUCACCAUGAAGCCUUUGCAAAAGUAGCCUUCAGUCCCAUUCAAAAUUACAAUGAGGGGUUUCUAAUUUGAGAUAUUCCAAUGUCAUUAGAUCAUCACAAAAUAAAUAAAAGAAACUUUAUUUGCUGAA